GCAUCCUGACGCUGACACGGCCCAUCCAUCUGGGGAAGUGAUCCGGUGGAUGGAUGUGUAUAACCGCAGUUUUUGCCAGCCCAAGGAGACACUGGUGCCAGUGAGCGCCGAGCACCCCGGGGAGGUGGAACACAUCCUGGUGCCCUCCUGUGUGCCCUUGCGCCGUUGCGCUGGCUGCUGCUCGGACGAGGAACUGCAGUGUGUGCCUGUCCAGAUGCACGUGGUGAUCAUGGAGGUGAUGAAAACCCGGUUCCCACACAGCCACCUAGGUCAGAUGUCUUUUGUGGAGCACAGUGCAUGUGAAUGCAGACCAAAGAAACUGAUCGCAGACAAAACAGAAAGGGUACCCUGCCCGCCUUGUCUGGACAGACGGAAGCAGCCGGAUCCACAGACGUGCAAAUGCCGCUGCCGGCGCCGGCCCCAGCGCUGCCGGAACCUUGGCUUGGAACUCAAUGAACACAGUUGCAGGUGUGAAAAGCUCCGCAGAUGAUCCACCAGGAAAGCAAGGAGGAGGGG